AUGCUUGAUGACGAGUUCAAUGCCAAGCUCGGAGAUUUCGGUUUAGUCGAAGUGUACGAACAUUGUUGCGCUUCAAGAGAUGCAACGAUACCAGCCGGGACGAUAGGAUAUCUGGCACCCGAGUACGUUUAUACCGGUGUUCCGACUGUGAAAACCGACGUUUACAGCUUCAGAGUGGUUGUCCUGGAGGUGGCUACGGGAAAGAGGCCCGUGGAUGAGAAUGGAACCGUGUUGGUUGACUGGAUUUGGGACCUGUGGGUGAAAAAGAAACUAAUUGAGGGCGUUGAUUCAGGAAUGUUGUGCAGGUACAAUGUUUUAGAGAUGGAAAGAUUGUUUGUGAGAACACCUUGGAUGCACGGUUGGAUGUUGCAUUCAAUAAAAAGCUUCCAGAGAUACGCAAGUGGCUCUUUGGUCAGGAAACAGAAGAAGAAAAUGGAAGAGAAAAUGAAAGAGGAGAUUUUUGUGUGGAACUUUCUGGAGAAUGGGAAGAGAAUGGAGAAAUACUACAGGCGAAACUACAAGGAUUACUUUGAAUUCGUGGAAGGGACAUUGAAAGGGAAGAAGGAGCAGGAGCUAAGUGAAGCAGAAAAGGGUAUUCUUGAUUGGCUUAAAGCUAAUAAGUGA